AUGGGGACGUCGCUGCUUCUACUUCCUAUCGUCGAUAUUUCUUCGCCGGACAAAAUCUCCACCUCCCAAUUGAUUCGUCAGGCAUGUCUUGAUCAUGGAUUCUUCUAUGCCAAAGACCAUGGCAUCUCGGAAGAGUUAGUGGAAGGAGUUUUCAGGGAGAGCAAAGGCUUCUUUAAUCUUCCUCUAGAGGAGAAAAUGGCUUUACUCCGUUGUGAUUUGCUCGGCUAUACUCCACUGUACGCCGAGAAACUUGACCCGUCCUUGAGCUCCAUAGGUGAUUCCAAGGAAAGCUUCUAUUUUGGAUCUUUGGAAGGCGAUCUUGCUCAGCGUUACCCAAAUCAGUGGCCUUCUCAAGAUCUCUUGCCAUCAUGGAGGCAAACCAUGGAAUCUUACUAUAAGAAUGUCCUGUCCGUGGGUAGAAAGUUGCUCGGCUUGAUUGCCUUGGCAUUGGAUUUAGAUGAGGACUUCUUCGAACAAGUUGGAGCCUUGAAUGAUCCCACAGCAGUUGUUCGCCUCUUACGCUAUCCAGGUGAAGUGAUUUCGUCGGAGGUAGAAACAUAUGGUGCCUCAGCUCACUCGGAUUAUGGAAUGGUCACUCUUCUUUUGACUGAUGGAGUUCCAGGACUUCAGGUUUGUAGAGACAAAUCGAAACAGCCACGAAUUUGGGAAGAUGUCCCUGGAAUUAGAGGGGCGUUUAUUGUCAACAUUGGUGAUAUGAUGGAGAGAUGGACUAAUGGACUCUUCCGGUCUACACUGCACAGAGUAAUGCCGGUGGGAAAAGAACGUUACUCGGUGGUGUUCUUCCUAGAUCCCAAUCCAGACUGUAACGUGGAAUGCUUGGAGAGUUGUUGCAGCGAAACUUGUCCCCCAAGAUUCCCGCCUAUCCUCGCCGGCGACUAUAUUAAGGAGCGUUUUAGGCUAACCUACGCCACCUCCUAG